CUAAGGGCCUCGCCUCCCGAUGCCGUUAUCAGGACACGAGAUUAUUGCCCUUCGCAAUCCACGGCGUCCGUCCCGCAAAAACUCAGUCAGGCAACAAAUAGCCUAGGACAGAUUGAGUCAAGGUAUCAAGUACCAACUCGCAGCGAGACCCCAUAUAGGGGAGAGAAACAACAGCUUUUCCCUCGUCCAGCCUGGCCUACAUCUUCUUAUCUUUUUCCAGGUUCUACGGCAAAGUAGCCUACAUCUUAUCUUUUUCAAAAUUCCACGGCAAAGUAGCGCUUGUCGGUACUUGACUUAGCUACCCUGCUACGAGGUGCAAAGCCGCAUACAAUACUGGUGGUCAUCACAUCGCACCACAGUUCUAGCAUGUCAGGAUACGCCAUUCUAGGAGCAACAGGCCAGACUGGCGGCAGCAUCCUCAAAUUACUCGGCGAGAAUCCAAAGGAUAAGAUCAACGUACUUGUACGCUCGCGAUCCAAGCUAGAGAAAUCAUACCCACCUCUUUCUGCGAACAAUAACAUUCGGGUCUUUGAAGGCAGCAUUUCCGAUGCCUUCACAUUAGCAGAGUGCCUCGAGGGCACGAAAGCCGUAUUCCUUACUGUUGCUGUCAAUGUAAAUGCACCGAACACUAGCAUUUCUCUCGACACCGCCAAAGCCGUAAUCUCGGCCCUGCAAGCCCUCAAAGAGACACACCCUUAUGUCAAACCACCUCGACUCGUCGUUCUCAGCUCCGCAAGCCUGGACGACAAGUUUUGGGACGGCGCACCCGAAUUCGUGCAUAAGAUAAUGUACUCCGCCAACGCCUUCAUCUAUGACGACCUCAAGCGCGCCGAAGCCUACCUCCGUCAGUACGAGGACUGGCUGGAUAUGACAUUCGUGAUGCCUGGCGGGCUAUCGCAUGAUGUGCAGAAGGGGCAUGAAUUGAGUGAGGAGAAGCAGCAGACGUUCAUAAGUUUCUUGGAUUUGGCGGCGGGGAUGAUUGAGGUUGCUGAUGCUGAUAGCAGAUGGGAGGGGAAGCAUAUAAGUGUGGUUUUGAAGGGGGGGAGGAAAGCAAACCCUGAGUGGUGGGCGCCGGUCGUAUUAGGGAGGGGCCUAUUGAUCUACCUGUUCCCCUGGGCGUAUGGGUGGUUGCUGUGAUUGAGGCUUUUGGGUUAGUAUGCUGGCUUAGAG